GCACGGUUUUCGGUCAAAGAGAUGCAGUAGGUGGGAUUGAUUAAUCUCCAGCACUUGGUUUUCUUUUCUUUUCGUUUUUUCACUUUUUCUGUUUGGUUAAAAAAAAAAAAAAUCAAUAUCGGUGUGUUUUGGUCUUUUGGAUUUACUUCUCUCCUGGUAAAGGAGCAUUUGAUUUUAUGUGAAUGGCCUUGCUUCAACUACGCUGCACUGAACGGAGAGAUCAGAGGGUGGGAGGGAGACAGAGAGGGGAAGGAGGAGGAAGGUCUCCGAGGUGUUUCUGGAGUUUGGUUCCUGUCAGUUUCUUCUAAUUAUUCUUGGAACCCAUUUCUCAUAGAUUCGUUUCUGGUGGCCGUGAGUUGGUUUGUAACUGGUCGGGAUCCGGGUUGGGUUUUAGGUUUUGAGUCUUUGACUUUCUUUCUGUUUCUUGAUUUUCUUUUCUCUUUCGAGGAUUGGGUGUUGAGACCCAUUUUGGGUUCUGGAAAAGCUUUUGUCGGUUUUCGCCUGAAACGGUGAGCUAAGUUGUUCCUUUUCUCCGUUUGAGUGCAGAGGUGCCCGUUAGAGGUUUGAUCCCCCGAGAAAUCUAAAGCACCAGUGUUUACGAUCGGCUUCCAGAUUCCUCUAUUUUCUGUUUUAGGAGUCAGGGGUUUGAAACCAAAAUUGUUUCACAUGGGCUAAGUCCUUCUGCUGGUGUUUGUUUGAACUGUCCGGUUUACUUCGACACGGGAGGCUAUCAUGCAUCUUUCACUGUGGAAGCCCAUUACUCACUGCGCUGCUCUGAUCAUGGACAAAAAGAGCAGACGAAAGGAUGAAUCUACGGUUGAAAUGAGAAGAAGCCGGUCAAUUCUCCGGAAAUUGCAGGAGAACAAGCUGAGGGAAGCUCUUGAAGAAGCUUCUGAAGAUGGGUCACUCGUCAAAUCUCAAGACAUGGAAUCCGAAUCGCCCGCCAAAAUGGACGAUAGCCUUGGGAGAUCCCGGUCACUUGCCAGGCUUCACGCUCAGCGUGAAUUUCUUCGAGCCACUGCGCUUGCUGCUGAGCGGAUAUUCGAGUCUGAGGACGAAAUUCCCACUCUUAAAGAAGCUUUCAACAAGUUCCUUACAAUGUACCCCAAAUACCAGUCGUCGGAGAAGAUCGAUCAGUUGAGGUCAGAUGAAUAUUCGCACUUGUCCCCAAAGGUAUGCCUUGAUUAUUGUGGAUUUGGACUGUUCUCUUUCGUUCAGACCAUUCACUAUUGGGAAUCCUCUACAUUUAGUUUGUCUGAGAUAACUGCAAAUUUGAGUAACCAUGCACUUUACGGUGGCGCUGAAAAGGGAACCGUGGAACAUGACAUAAAGACUAGAAUCAUGGAUUACUUGAACAUUCCUGAGAAUGAGUACGGCCUUGUAUUUACUGUCAGCAGAGGAUCAGCUUUUAAAUUGCUGGCUGAGUCAUACCCUUUCCACACAAACAAAAAAUUGCUGACCAUGUUCGACCAUGAGAGCCAGUCUGUAGCUUGGAUGGCUCAAUGUGCCAGGGCGAAGGGUGCAAAAGUGUACAGUGCAUGGUUCAAGUGGCCUACCCUCAAACUCUGUUCCACUGAUUUGAGAAAACAGAUUUCAAACAAGAAGAGGCGGAAGAAAGAUGCCGCUACUGGUCUUUUUGUGUUCCCUGUUCAGUCUAGAGUAACUGGGGCUAAGUAUUCUUACCAGUGGAUGGCUCUAGCACAGCAAAACAACUGGCAUGUCUUGCUUGAUGCAGGUUCAUUGGGUCCCAAGGACAUGGAUUCGCUUGGCUUGUCUCUAUUUAGGCCAGACUUUAUAAUCACGUCUUUUUACAGGGUAUUUGGGUAUGACCCCACAGGAUUUGGAUGUCUUCUGAUCAAGAAAUCAGUUAUGGCAAGCCUUCAGAAUCAGUCAGGGAGUACUGGCUCUGGAAUGGUGAAGAUCACUCCUGAAUUUCCUUUGUAUUUGAGUGACUCUGUUGACGGUUUGGAUAAAUUGACUGGGAUUGAAGACGAUGAAGUCACUGGGAUGGUUGAAAAACCUGCUGAACGUCGUCAAGGAUCACAGUUGCCUGCCUUUUCUGGUGCAUUUACAUCUGCUCAGGUACGAGAUGUAUUUGAGACUGAAAUGGACCAGGAUAGCUCUGAAAGAGAUGGAACCAGCACCAUAUUUGAAGAAACUGAGAGUAUUUCUGUUGGGGAGGUGAUGAAGAGCCCUGUCUUCAGUGAGGAUGAGUCAUCGGACAACUCUUAUUGGAUUGAUUUGGGACAGAGUCCAUUGGGAUCUGACCACACAGGUCAAUUGAAUAAACAGAAGAUGGCUUCUCCUCUUCCACACUUUUGGUUCAGUGGAAAGAGGAAUCAAAAGAGACAUUCUCCUAAGCCAACUUCCAAAAUAUAUGGCAGCCCCAUGUAUGAUGACAAAGCAGUAAAUCUUGAUCCUCAUGAUGACCACCACGUGCUUUCAUUUGAUGCUGCUGUGCUGUCAGUGUCACAGGAACUUGAUCGUGUAAAAGAGGUCCCUGAAGAGGAACAUUUUGCUGAAGCAAGUGACUUUUUGAGAAAUGGUAAUGGGUCUGAUCAUUUGUAUGUCAAUGAGAUUGAAGAAGAACCUGGAACUAGCAAAGCAGUUGAUCUUGGAUCUGUACCGGAUGAUCCUUCAAAAGAAUCACAGAAUAAUAAUUCAUCUUCUGUUUCUCAGCAUCACAGCCUUGAAAAUGGCUUUACCUCUGAGAUAUCCUCUGAUAUUAAAGAGAGUGCCAUAAGAAGAGAAACUGAAGGUGAUUUUAGAUUGCUUGAUAGAAGGGAAGGGAAUCGAUUUGGUGGUGGUAGAUUUUUUGGUUUGGAGGAGAAUGAAUCAUCUAGCAAAGGAAGAAGAGUCUCAUUUAGCAUGGAGGACAAUCGUAAAGAGUAUCUUAGCCAUAACUUGGAACCAGGGGACAUAUGUGCAACUAGCUUAGAGGAUGAAGAAUACACAAGUGAUGGAGAAUAUGGUGAUGUACAGGAAUGGGGCAGGAGGGAACCAGAUAUAGUAUGCCGGCAUUUGGAUCAUAUUAAUAUGCUUGGUCUCAAUAAAACCACACUUAGACUUCGGUUUUUGAUCAAUUGGCUGGUCACCUCUUUGCUGCAACUGAAGUUGCCGGGCAUUGAUGGGGAAGACAAAGCAAAUCUUGUCCACAUCUAUGGUCCAAAAAUCAAAUAUGAAAGAGGUGCAGCUGUGGCUUUUAAUGUCAGGGAUGGAAACAGGGGGCUAAUCAAUCCAGAGAUUGUUCAAAAACUGGCUGAAAAAGAAGGAAUCUCUCUUGGCAUUGGCUUUCUCAGUCACAUACGAAUUCUUGAUAACUCAAGACAUCAUCGUGGGCCUUUGAAUGUUGAGGAUACAACUCUUUGCAGGCCAAUGGAGAAUGGCCGUCGUGAUGGAAAAGGUGGCUUUGUUAGGCUUGAAGUUGUUACAGCUUCUCUGGGAUUUCUAACUAAUUUUGAGGAUGUGUAUAAAUUCUGGGCUUUUGUCGCAAAGUUUCUUAACCCUUCAUUUAUCCGAGAAGAUAGUCUUCCUACUGUUCAAGAAGGUUCUGAGACAUAAGACCAACACAAUAUAGCUGCUGGUGAUUUUAUUCAAUUUUGGAAACUGAACUUGAAAGAGAUUAUUUCCAAGAAGUUCCUAAAAUGGGUGCCUUCCAGAAUCUGCAAAAGAAUGGAUCAAUGAUCUUUUGUAUGCUGCCAGAUAGAUAAAUACUCAUCUCUACUUCAAAGCCACAGAAGGAAAGCUGGUGAAUUUUUUAACAUGUUUCCUGUUGCUUCAUAUUUUACUUUCCUCUUCCAAUUUGUUGUAGAGUUGGCUUUAGAGAUUUGUUACUAUUAGAAAGUCAGUGUACUUGACUCAGAUUGUAUGAGUGGAACUACUAUCAGUAAACAUUUUGCUUCUGUUGCAUACAAAAGGAUUUGCAACUUCGGUACAAAAUUGGAGCUUGCCUUUUGCUGU